AUGCCCGCGCGGGAGAGGCCCGACGCGCAGGGCGGCCGGCCCCAGCUGGUGCGGCGGCAGUCCGACGGCCUGUCCACAGGAGAGCUGCUGACCGAGAACGGCGAGCUCCGCAGGGAGGUCAGGCGCCUGAGGAGCACGCCCGGCCGCGAGGAGGGCCUCUCCGCCCUGGAGCGCGCCCAGGCCGAGAUCGCGUCGCUGCGCCAGCAGCUUAAGGAUCAGGCGCUCAGGGAUCAGGAGGCGCGGGCGGCCACCGCCCCCGAGGCCGUCGAGGGCGCGGCGGCGCAGGCAGACAUGGACAUCCAGCCGCGCAGCCGGGGCAAGCACUUCCACAUCCGAGGCUGGACCAGCGACCCCCAAGAGCCGGUCUCGCGCGCGCGGGCCACCGGCGCCGGCGGGCCCGACAGCGCUGGCACGCCCGGGCCGCCCGAGGACUCCGCGCAGCUGGUUGCGGUUGCGGGCGCUGAGCCAGCAGCACCAAACGAGGGGGUUCUUGUCGAGAUGAUGCCUGCUGAGGUCGAGGAGGAGCCGCCGCGCACCGGCCUGCCCGCGGCCGAGGGCUCCGGCCUGAUGAGCUGGGCCCGGGGCGAGGACGCCGUGCGGCAGCUGCUGAAGCGCGCCGAGGAGCAGCUGGAGGCCGGCAGCCUGGACGGCGCCGGCGAGGCCUUCCGGGAGGCGCUCGAUGCACACCUGGCGGACGCGAAGCGCCCCUACCUGGCCUUCUCCGCCGCCCUGCGCCCCGCGCUCCACGGGCACCUGGUCGGCCACGGCCUGCUCACGGCGGGCGGCGAGGCGGACAGGCCCGCGGACCCGGCCUGUGCUGCGGCGCGGCGCGAAAGCUACGCCGAGCUCAUCCGGCGCGCCGUCGCCGACCACCCGCCGGCGCAGCGCCCCCGGGGCACCAGCAGGUCCAGGCACGUGCGGGAGCACUGCGCGCAUGCUGGGCUCUGCCUGGACCUCGCGCUGCUGGACCGCCCUGGCCUCGGCGCCAGGGCUGAGGCGCCCCAGGGGGUGAACAUCUACCAGCUGUUGAACUACAAGCUGGACAUCUACGAAAUCAGUACGGAGACCCUCCGCACUGACGCAGACAGCUACGAGGACCACCGGCCGAAUCACGGGCGCAACGGGCAGAGCCACGAGGGCCGCGAGCAGAACCUCCGAGAGCCGCCACAUUUGCUCACUUACGAUGUGCUGUCGGCCAUGCAGUCUGGCACCGAUGAGGACAAGCGCGUGUGCGCUAGACCGCGGGCGUCAGUGUUUGCCCGUGACGUCGGGCUGCAGAGCGAGAUUUCUUUCUUGCAGGCCAAGGAGGACGACCCUGCCUACCUUGAGCGCAUGAAUGCCAUAUGGAACGACUUCUACGACGAGGAUUCGGUCCUGGGGAGGGACAUGCUCGGCCGACGCCACAAGCUUUACAUCGCGACGGACGCCGGCGUGUCGGACAUUCCUUCAGUGGCGGUCCCGAUGAUGUACGUGAAGGCCGUGGUCGCUGGCACCCUCACCGUGGGCAACGCCCUCGUGGUCGCCUGGUCGGACGUGGCGGCCAUUCGCGAGGAGCCACCAGUCCACGGCCAAGGACGGGAGGGAGCGCCCUUCCUGCUCGGCCAGCAGCUGCUCGUGCGUCUCGGCGCCGGCCCAGCCCUCGGCGGCGCCCGGGUGGAGAGGCCAUCCCCCUCCCCAUCUUACCCUCCUCCCCGCCUCCUGCUGCUGUUGGGAGGCUGCGCGGCUGCACUGGGAGGAGGAGAGGGAUCCUUGCGUUGA